AAGCCUUUAAAUUUCCUGCACUUUCAGCUUCAUCUCCAUGGAAACCACAGACUCUCUUCUAACCCACCCCACCCCCCUUAAAAAAAAGAACCACCACACACACAACGCAACCCCCACUCCCACAAAAGUCCAGGAGCGCUUCCCCCUUCCCACCCGGCAGACACCCUCUGCUGGGGAAGGCUGCAGGCGGGAGCCGCCGCCGCCUCCCCCCCGCCGCCCGCCGCCGCCGCGCCCCGGGAGAUGCUGCAGGGGCUGGGGCUGGGGCUGGGACAGGGACAGGGACAGGGGCAAGGGCAGGGGUAGGAGCAGGGGUAGGAGCAGGGGCAGGGGUAGGAGCAGGGGUAGGGGUGGCCUUGGCGCCGGUCACCCCAUGGGCGCAGAGCCGCUGGCGGCGGAGCGCAGCCUGCCCCGCUCCUGCUCCCCUGCCCCGGCCAGCGCUACCUGGCCGCUGGGGGGGGGGCCCGGGGGGAGGGGGGGACGACGGGGGGGUCCUUGCUCUAAUUCCCACUGCGUGCCCGGCCGGGGGGCCGCUGCCGGCACCUUCCCGGGCGGAGCGAGCCCUCUGCUGGCGGCGCCGCUCCGCUCCGCACCGCUCCGCUCCGCGCCGGGCACGGGCAGGGAGAGCGGGGCCGGCCCGGGCAGCGCCUCCGCCGGCAGAACGGGGAGCCCCGGGGAGCUCGGCUCGGCGACAGAAAGCAGCUGGGGGAGGCGGCGGGGAGAGCACCGGGGGUGCCGGGGCUUCUGCGGGGGGCUGGGGCCGGGAGCUGCGCGGAAGGGAUGCCCCGAAGCCCCCCAGCACCGGCGGGAGGAGCGGGCCCGCGGCUGGGAACCUGAUAAACGUUCAUCGCUGAAACUUGGCAUUCAAGUUGUCUGUGUACUGAGGGAGAAGCCACACCUCCAGUCUUUCAAAAUAAAAUGCCCCAAAAUUCAAGGAGUAGCAAUUGACCAGGAAACGAAGACAGACAUUGUGCUGGAUUUGGUCUUUAACUGGAUGUGACUUGGUUACUUAACUGCCUGCCAGCAGGACAGCAAGGUGCUCAGGUCUGCACAGACCCAGCAGGUUGCUCAGGCGCUGCUGCUUCUGUCUCAGGUUCUCGCUGCGGGUCUUGGCCUGUUCACAUGCUGGUUCCACUCCUGCCUGCUGGGAGAUGCCCUCUGGAAGCAGCUCCUGUGUCCCGGAGCUGAGCUGGUGAAGGUCUGUUCAUCCCCCUUCAUUCCUUCGCCCUCCUUUUUUUGGUCACCCCACAGGACAAAAUGGAAUUGCAUGUUUCCUGACACACUGGAGCCUAAGCCCACGCUCAGAGCUCAUGAUCCACUUCUCAGCAGUGGAAGCAAUGCUGGGUUCUGUCAAGGAACAAGGAUGUGAAAGUACCGAUGUACCUGCUCAACUGCGCUGCUGCAGCAUCGCUCUGUUUUGUAGUAUUGCCUGGUGUGCCUGAUUUCAGGAGGGAGAGGUGGUGAGGAUGGGUGAUGAAUCCUAGCAAGGGGUCAAUGGUUUUUAGGUUGCUUGCUUGUCUGGCUCUUUCCUCACUAUCUUCCUCUGUCCAGUCUCAUUUCAUAGCGAGAACUGGAACCGUUUAGGGAGGGAUUUCAUUCAGGCUGUGACUUCCAACCAACUACAAAAACGGGAAUGUGCAGUGUUACGUGUCCGAGGAAUAGAGAAACUGCUCCUCCUUGGAUCCCCUCCUCCUUUCUCCUUCUUUUUGGAAGUCUUUGUUGACACACUUCCACUUCUUUCUAAAAGAGUUCUAUGAAAGUAGUCAAAUAUUAAGUUGGAUCAGAUUGUUUUCCCAAUGAAAUUACUGCGAAAAUGGGUGAAAUUACUGCUGGUAUGGGCCAGUUCCUCUGCGUUGUGUACAUGGCAAUGCUGGCCAAGGAAAAACUGGGAAAGGUUGUAACCUGUAGCUCUAUGCAAAUGCUUGGGAAUUUGCUCUUAAACUACCUUAUUUAAAGGCACAAAACCCAACAAUAGGUUAAAGCACAAGUGUUUUGAAGAGAAAGCAAAAAUUCUGCAGUUACAAUGUGAUGUCUUGUAUGUCUCUUUUAAUAAUCAAUUCGGUUUUACUCAGCUCAGUUAAAAACACUUUUUUAACUACCAGUCUCAGAGUCUACAAAUAAAGCCUAUAAAGCUUG